AUGUCAGAUAUUGAAACCAUUGCCAGGUUUUUGGCGGAAUCCGUAGUGGCAUCGACGUCGAAGAACGCCGAGAAAAGCUUGAAGUCUUUGGAAAACCAGGACGGGUUUGGGUUGACCCUGUUGCAUGUUGUGGCAUCGAGCAAUUUGCCGAAUCCUACUAGACUGGCCGGUGCCCUGUUCUUCAAGAAUUUCAUCAGAAGGAAAUGGAUCGAUGAGGAUGGCAAUCACCUGCUCUCGCCGAACAACGUCGAGCUCAUCAAGAAAGAGAUAGUUCCGUUGAUGAUCGCGCUUCCCAAUAAUCUGCAAAUCCAGAUCGGUGAGGCGAUAUCGGAAAUUGCAGAUUCCGACUUUCCUCACAGAUGGCCGACGCUGUUGGGCGAGUUGGCCAGUAGUUUGUCGCCAGACGAUAUGGUAACGAACAAAGGUGUUUUGAUGGUGGCACAUUCGAUUUUCAAGAGAUGGAGGCCCCUUUUCAGAUCCGACGAAUUGUUUCUCGAGAUCAAGGCGGUUCUAGAUGCGUUUGCCGUUCCCUUUUUAAAUCUGCUGAAGAGCGUUGAUGAGCAAAUCUCUAAGAAUGAGGGCAACGAAGCUGCUCUGAACCUGCUUUUUGACGUCUUGCUGGUGCUGGUCAAGCUCUACUACGACUUCAAUUGCCAAGAUAUCCCCGAGUUUUUUGAGGACAAUAUUAUGACAGGUAUGGGUAUCCUACAUAAGUACCUCGCGUACAAAAACCGUUUACUGGACGACCCCGAUGAAACGGAGCAAGCCAGCGUGCUAAUAAAAGUCAAGUCCUCCAUCCAGGAACUGGUACAGCUCUAUACGGCAAGGUAUGAAGAUGUGUUCGGACCUAUGAUUAAUGAAUUCAUACAGAUAACAUGGGACUUACUGACUUCGCUAUCGACGGACCCCAAGUAUGACAUCCUUGUUUCGAAAUCGCUGUCAUUCCUCUCAGCAGUCUCAAGAAUUCCAAAGUACUUUGAAGUAUUCAAUAAUGAAUUUGCGAUGAACAACGUAGUCGAGCAGAUAGUGUUGCCCAACGUUAUGAUACGUGAGUCCGAUAUUGAACUGUUUGAAGAUGAUCCGAUUGAGUACAUUCGUAGAGAUUUGGAGGGCUCCGAUACAGAUACAAGAAGAAGAGCUUGUUCUGAUUUUUUGAAAGAAUUGAAAUCAAAGAAUGAACCACUCGUGACGAACGUUUUUUCCACUCAUAUUCAGAAGUUCUUUGAACUGUAUCAAUCGGACCCUUCGUCUAACUGGAAAUACAAGGAUCUCUGCGUGUUUCUUUUCACUGCCCUAGCGGUGGACGCUAGCGUAACAAGUAGCGGGGUUUCGUCGAUCAAUAGCUUACUGAAUGUUGUUGAGUUUUUUACCAAGCAAAUUGCCCCAGAUCUGACCAAAGAUGUUCCACAUAUCAUACUGAGAGUUGACGCUAUCAAGUACGUUUACGUCUUUAGGAAUCAACUGAAUAAGACCCAGCUCAUCGAAAUUAUGCCAAUUCUGGCCGAGUUUUUGGAAGUUGAUGAUUACGUUGUUUACACGUAUGCUGCUGUCACAAUAGAAAGGAUUCUGACCAUCAGAGAAUCAAACAUCUCGUCAGCUUUCAUCUUCAACAAAUCAGACUUAUCGGGCAGUGCUAAUGUCUUGUUGACAAAUUUGCUGCGCUUGAUCAUGAAGCAAAACUCAUCGCCAGAGAAAUUGGCAGAAAAUGAAUUCAUUAUGAGAGCUGUCUUCAGGGUACUACAGGUAUCUGAAGACACGGUACAGGUAAUGUUUCCAGAGCUUUUAAGCCAGCUCCUCAGUAUCAUUUCAGCAAUAUCCAGAAAUCCCUCGAAUCCUCGCUUUUCUCAUUAUUCUUUUGAAUCGAUUGGUACCAUUAUGGCUUACUGCUCAACCGAGUCGCUUCCGGCAUUGGCUAAUACUGUAAUGCCCACAUUUUUGAAUAUCUUGUCAGAGGAUAUACAAGAGUUCGUUCCCUACGUUUUUCAGAUCAUUGCAUAUAUCGUCGAGAAAGGGUCAGUCGUACCAGAUAGCAUAAAGCAGUUGGCUCAGCCCAUCUUAUCCCCAGGGAUAUGGGAGCUCAAGGGAAACAUACCUGCUGUUACAAGACUGUUAAAAGCCUUUAUUAAGGUUGAUCAAUCUCUUUUCCCUGAUCUGGUACCAGUUUUAGGAGUCUUCCAAAGACUAAUCGCAUCAAAAGCCUAUGACGUUCAUGGUUUUGAACUUCUUGAGGAUAUCCUAAUCUUUUUCGAUUCCAAUCUUUUGAAGCCUUAUCUGAACCAGAUCGCGGUGCUUUUAUUGCAACGUCUGCAGAGUUCAAAAACCGAAAGAUAUGUGAAAAAGCUGGUGGUUUUCCUUGGCGUGAUCUGCAUCAAGCGUGGUGCAAGCUUUGUCAUCUCGUUUAUCAAUGAGGUCCAGAAGGGCUUGUUCUCACAAAUCUGGUCGAGCUUUGUGGUCCCAACCCUUCCUACUAUUGGUAAUUUACUGGAUCGGAAGAUUGCGUUAAUAGGAAUGACAGACAUUAUGAUCGACGGGAUGUCUUUCUCGGGUGAUUACACUCCACUAUUGCCACAAACAUUGGAGAGUAUUGUCGAGACUGCUGCUUCUGAGAGCAUUGCCAACAUGAAGAGUGAUUACUUCGAUAUUGACAACCUUGAGGAAAUCACCACCUUUGGCUCAAGCUUCAGUAGAUUAGCAAGCAUUGCAGAAAAACCAUACGAUCCGCUGCCGGGCAUAGAUCUGACACAGGGAGUGAGGGCGCACAUCACACGCCGGCUGCGCGAGCUCAGCCAAAAAGGGCCGAUCUUGAACACUUUUGCUCCACAGAUUUCCGCCGAUGCGCAAUCGAAGCUGGAGGCUCUGCUAUCAAUAUCCUGA